ACUCAACUACCAUGAACUUGCCAUAACUACCAUGAUCUCAAACUGGCACAAUUUUUUAGAACUCAAAAUCAACAGGAGAAUACAAAUCCCUUAAACCCCAUUUACAUAUUCCAAUCCAAAGCACUCAACUUUACCCCUCAUCAACCAUGGCAGGCCAAUCUUCUCCUCCUUAUGACCUAAUAAUCUUGGGAGCUUCAGGUUUCACGGGCAAAUAUGUUAUCAGAGAAGCUCUUAAGUUCCUCAAUACCCCUUCUUCUCCCUUAAAAUCACUAGCUUUAGCCGGUCGCAACCCAACUAAAUUAACCCAAUCACUAAGCUGGGCUGCUCAUCCUAAACCACCUCCAUCAAUCCCCAUCAUCACUGCUGACACCACUGACCCUGCUUCAAUUCGUCAGCUCUGCACCCAAACCAAGCUCAUUCUCAACUGUGUUGGCCCCUUUCGUCUCCAUGGUGAGCCUGUUGUUGCUGCCUGUGUUGAUACUGGGUGUGAUUACUUGGAUAUAUGCGGGGAGCCGGAGUUUAUGGAGAGGAUGGAGGCUAAGUAUCAUGAGAAGGCCAUGGAUACUGGCUCUUUAGUGGUUUCAGCUUGUGGGUUCGAUUCGGUUCCUGCUGAAAUUGGUUGGAUGUUUAAUUCUAGGCAGUGGGUGGAUCAGGCUGUACCGAACCAAAUUGAGGCUUAUUUGAGCCUGGAGUCGGAUAAAAGAAUUGUUGGUAACUUUGGGACAUAUGAAUCUGCAAUUCUGGGAGUGGCUAAUGUUGAAAAAUUGCAGGAAUUGAGACGGUCUAGGCCUAAAAGAGCAAAGCCAACGAUUCCUGGUCCCUAUCCUCCCAAAGGACCAAUAAUUGAUCAUCAAAAGGAGAUUGGUCUAUGGGCCGUAAAGCUACCAUCCGCAGAUUCUAUCGUUGUUCGGAAAACUCUUUCAACUCUGGCAGAAAAUCCCCAUGGUCUUCCUGGGAUUAAUGAGAGCGCUGAACAGGUUGAAAAGAGAGAGGCAUUCUGGUCAAAAAUAAAGCCUGCUCAUUUCGGGGUGAAGCUGGGCGCCAAAUCUAUAUUGGGCGUCUUUCGGUUCAUAACAGUUGGCAUGUUCAUGGGACUGUUAGGCAGAGAUUCUAUAGGCAGAUGGCUUCUCUUAAAAUUCCCAUCUUUUUUUAGCCUUGGUUGGUUCAAGAAAAAGGGUCCCUCUGAGGAUGAAGUUAGCAGUGCUACAUUUAAGAUGUGGUUCGUCGGACGAGGGUUUAGCGACAAAAAUCAAGUUUCGCAGGCAAAAUUGAAACCCGACAUGGAGAUAGUAACUAGAGUAAUGGGACCUGAGAUUGGCUACUUGACCACUCCUAUAAUCUUAGUUCAAUGCGCUCUUAUCCUUCUCAGCGAGCGUAACAGCCUACCGAAAGGAGGUGCUUUUCCCCCAGGUAUUAUAUUUGGCCCUACUGAUCUACAGGAACGAUUGCAACAUAAUGGAAUAUCUUUUGAUCUUAUUUCUAAGAGAAGUCUCUCUGCAUAACUUAAACUUUGCAUUAGGCAAUAUAACAGAAUUUGAACCUAUUUCAUAUGGAUUUAUGUAAUAAUAAUAGUAGAUAUGUUUUGCA